AUGUUUUAUUAUUAGGUUUAAUUUAGGGUAUUCCUAAUAUGAUCGAUUUCUGCUUCUAUUUUUAUAAAUUUGCUUCAAUUCAUCAUGUUGAAUCGCAUGUUUGACGCUCUAAUUAAGCUAAAAUCCAUCUUGCUAAUAAUUUAUGGUCUGUAAAUAUGACUAUAUUGGUUAUUUGGGGAUUACCCUUGAACAUUUGUUUGCAAUAGAUGUUAGAUGACCCUUUUUCUUGUUUUUUUUUUGGGAUUAACCUAGAAUUUUGUUUGUUUUGUCAUAAACUAUGCUCAUUAUGCAACAUUAAUCUGGAGACAAAUGGGUUUUGUAAAUACCAAUUAGCUCACAUUAGCUUUCGUUGUGUUUUCAAUUGCAUUCCGUUACUCUGUAGAUUAAUUGGUGUCAAGCUUCAAGCUUAUGAAGUGAUUUUUUAGCAGAAAACCUAAGGAAUGUCAUUGUGUAAUUUUACGGUGUUGGUUGGUUGAUUUCUUGUGGGUUUUUUGUACUUGUUCUACAAUUGAUUUGACGUUUUUAGGUUCCAAAGGCUCAGGUUUUUGAGAGGUUUGAGCUUGGGAAUGGAUAUUUGGAGAAUAAUUUAUGAGAGAUUAAGAAAACAACAAUCACCCUUCUAGCACGGUUCUGUGGUGAAUAAUAGGGUGAAAGGAGGCAGGUGCCAUGUGUUAUUUUAUUCUUCUAGCCUUUGUUUUCAGGAAAUAAACCACCAGGAGUUCAGGUCUAAUCUCAGGCCUUAAGGAACAUUUUGAUAUGUCGGUGAUCAAUGUAUUUUACUCCGUACUUGUUACCUUUUUGUAAUGUUCUUCGUAGGAUAUCUGUGUUUUUCUGUAAUGUUCUUCGUGAUAGCAGUUGUUCUCAUAGAGUGAUAAAUACUGAUAAAGAUGCGAGUGUCCAGUUUCUUGCUUUAUUCAGCAUAUCAGCUUCCUCUCCAACUUUUUUUUCUUGUUUAUACAAAAAGGGAUAGCAGAAGUGAAAUUGUAUAUGCAUGCUCAUUUGGCUGGUUUCUUGAAUCAACACAUUGCUGUAUGUUGAUGCAGGUCCAAGACGAGCUUGUUUCUUCCAUUAAAGAUGCAGAGGAAGGACUUUUUCACCUAAAACGUGCCCGGCUGUUACGUGAAGUUGAUUCAGCUGUGCAGGACUCUAUAUAUUCCCAUAAAGACGCUGCGGUCGAGCUUAUAAAUCCAGCAAAUUUGGGUGGUUCCCAACUUCCGUGCGAAGACUUAGAGGUAGAACCAUUAGAUUCUACUAAUGUUGAGGCAGAAAUAUUGGGAGACCCAAGUUAUUUUAUUGGAUCAAAAUGUAGAUUCCGCCACAUCGAUGGGCGUUGGUAUAAUGGUCAAAUUGUUCAGUUGGAUGGUUCUUCUUCCGCCAGAGUUUCUUUCCUCAAUCCAACGUCAGAGAAGAUGAUGGAACACUAAUGUCCCUGUCUUCCCUGAAGAAGUAUGUGUCACCUAGUUGGGGGCAGCCAUUGGUAGGAGCUAGCAUUUUGGCAGUUUCAGGGAAUGGAGCUAGCAUUUGGAGAGAGGCUGAACUUGAAUCUUGGGACGACAAACUCAAUAAAGGCCUGGUUGUAUUUCGUGACGAUGGAAGCUCAGAGACGG